AUGAGCUUCGCACUUCCUGCCCAUCAUCUGGUCGGCAUGGCGUCUCUAUCGCCCAACGCCAAACAGAACGGAACGCAGCUCAAAAGCGGAGGCGCAUCAUCCUCUUCACCGUCAUCUUCAUCGCUCGGACAUGCAGGUCCAUCGUCCAACACACAUUCUUCAGUACUCAUGUCGAAUGCCCUCUCCGCCGCGACACUGCCCAGCAGCGCUAUCCUGAACCCGUCCAACCUCGUCGCCGAAUUCCUCAAGUCUCCAGACGACCUGACCAAGAUCUCAGCACUUCGCAAGAAGCUGCUCAAGGAGCAAGCGAGUCUAUCGGCCAAGCUCAAGCUUGGCGCCAAAGAGCAGCUCGAAGCUACCAGAGAGGGCUUGCUGAAAUUACAGGCGACAAGGAAAGAUGUCGCAGCAAUCAGGGAGGCGUUCGCGCAGAUCGAAGCGCUAUAUACCAACACAGAAGGAGAGGAUGGGUCGAGAUCGACUCAUCCAGAUGCCAAUCGUUCUUUCAGGGUCAUCAGUCAGGUAUCGCAGAUUCACCGCAACUUUGUUCAGACUACAAAUACGCUCGAGAAGCUCGAUGCUCUGCCGGGACAGAUUCAGACACUAGCAGAAAUGCUGCAACGAGGCAAAGAUGACAUUAUGGGGCCAGCGACCGACUUGCUGCCACUGCAUUUCCAUCUUUCGCAGCUGGAAGCGUUCCGCAAUGAGACUUUUCAGAUUGCAAGGACGUGCUCGGCUGAUGUACGCAGCACGGUGUCGAAGUUCUUUGCGCCGCUCGAUGGGCUCAUCAAGGCAUUCGACGAUUAUAUCAUGCAGCUAGCCGAGCGCACCUUGGACCUUGUUCGAGAAGAUAGAUCCUCCGUGGUGGUCAAGCUCAUCAAGAUCAUCGAGAAAGAGUCUCGCGAAGAUGAACGCGCAGCAGCGAUUCGUCUUGCCAAACGUGCCAAUCUCGAAGGUGCCGCUCGCUUCAGAUCAGUGGUGGCGAAUGCAAGAGUCAUCAAGCUGUACCGACCCAAAUUCGUGGAAGCUAUCGAUCGGUCCACCGGAGAGCUAUUCGACGAGUGCUGGGGCCGCUUUGGAGCUGAUGGAACAAGUCUCGAGUUUCUGGGGCAUCUGGACUGGAUCUAUGAUGACAUGCGCUUCAUCCAGUCCGAAGUGACACCGCUCUUUCCCGAAGACUACAAGAUCCUACGAACUUUUGCCAAGAGCUAUCACAAGCAUCUAGGUGGUAUCUUGCGUGAACGUAUCUUGGCAACAGAACCGGAAGCAAGCGCAUUGCUGGAGCUUUACCAGUUCACACAAAAGUACACAAAAACAAUGACCAAGGAGAUUGGUGCAGACAAGUCUUGGCUCGAGCCGACACUUCUGGCUGGUAAAGAACAGGGCAUUAUCGACGACUACCUCGGAUUGAUCACCAAAAAGAUCGAUGAGUGGUCAGCCAACUUGAUGUCGGAUGAGGUGCGUGAGUUUGUUGCGCGGCAGAACCCGCCCGAUGAAGACAAUGAGGGAUUGUAUGGAUUGCAAGGUGCAGCGAUCUUGUUCCAGAUGGUCAAUCAGCAGGUGGAUGUUGCGGCGGAUUCAGGGCAGGCAAGUGUGUUGGCGAAAGUGGUGGAUCAUGCGGCUAAAGCGAUGCAUUCAACACAAGCAACUUGGCUCAGGGUGCUGGAGAGUGAAUUCAAGAAGCAACGCGAGGCCAAGUCGGCCGACGAUGUUGUUGGUGGCUUGGUGGAGUAUGUGAUUGCACUCGCGAAUGAUCAGCUCAAAUCAGCAGACUAUGCAGAAGUGUUGCUUGCAAGACUGGAACCAAUGGUCAGCAAGAAGUACCAAGCAGGUAUUCGAGAAGCCGCCGACAACGCACUCAACGGGUUCCUCGAUGUUUCGAAGCGAUGUACGCAAGUGCUGGUCGACUUGGUGUUUGCUGAUUUGCAGCCGGCGAUCAAGGAUCUAUUCGCAUUCCCGGUAUGGUAUUCGGAAGGCACGAUGACAACGAUUGUCGAGACGAUGCGCGACUAUACGACAGACUAUAGCGAGCGUCUCAAUCCGAACCUGUUCGAUGUGUUGUGCGACGACAUGAUCGAGCGUCUCCAAGUCGCCUACAUCGGUGCACUUCGUCGUGUUGGCAGUGGCAAGCUUCGUAUGCCCGCAGCAGGCGAACAGAUGCGAAAAGACGUCGAAGAUGCUAAAACCUUGUUCCACGCAUUCAAGAAGGAAGAAGAGGUGCAGGGGAAAUUCGAAGUGCUCGAUGCGAUCCAAGGCAUGCUCACGUCUUCUGCUACAAUGGUAUUCCUUCCAUACUGGAGCUUUGCCAAGGCACACGGAGCGCAUUUGGGCUUUUUGGAAUCUAUCAUGAGAGCAAGAGAUGAUCUCAAGAAGGACGAUGUGAGCAGUUUGAUGGAAAGCGCGAGGAGGAAGGUGAAGAGCGAAGGGUUGAACGAUCUGGUGCCGGAAACUGGAGGUCCGACAGUGAUGAGCAGAGUAGCACAGGCCUACGGAUCAAGCUAUAAUGGUGGAUUGCUAGCCAACCUGGGAGCCGAGAGAGCGGCAGGGAUGGCGGCGAGCGCAACACAAGCGUUAGGGCUGGGUGGGUGGAAGAGCAAGGAUCGCGACUAG